UGACGCGCGGAAUGCGUUUGGAUGUUAGACUAUUUGGCAUAAUUUUUGGAAAAAAAAAAAUACUGUAGCAAAAAAAUACGGAACCGGUCAACUGGGUGAACACCGAUCAUAAGGCUGGAAUGAGUCACUAAUUAGAUCGAUUAAAGCAACAAAUUCGUUGAUCAGCCACCGGUGAAUUGGGAAAAGACCUGAUGUUCCGUAUAGGAGGAGAAGGGAAAAGAGAGAGUGUCGUCGUUUUGGUGACUCUUGCAGUUUUCUGCGUAUUUCGCCCUUAAUAUCAGGAUAUUAUAUCACAUUCAUAUCCUGAUUUGGGUCAGCCGAAAAGUCGAAGCCCAAAAAGCAUUAGCCCAAAAGACGAUAAAUUGCAAAAUGCACUUUGGAUCUGCAAAUACCCCAGCGAGCCGCGACAGAAGAAUCAGAAGAAAAGCCGCGACGCGACCGAUUCUUAUUAGCGACCAAAAUGCCCGCCAAACUUAAGCCACCUCUCUCCGACACCGUCUGCGUAGUCGGCUUUUUCUAGGAAUUAGGAUGAAGGAUGGAAUAGAUCGAUCGAACAAAUACGGUAGAGUAGGAGUGCCAGAGGAAUAGUUGAUGAUGACGGACUGUGCAAGUAACGAUAUACAGGAGGAGGAGGAGGAGGAGCGUCUGAAGGUGAGGGAGUUGGUGAGGAGAGAAGUAGAAGACUGGGACGACCCAGUGAAGGCGGUGGCGCGGUUCAAGGGGUUCAGCGGCCAAAGGUCCGACUGGGAAGGCCGCUAUCUCUUCUGGAGGGACCUUAUCAUCAAAGUGGCUCGACAUCUGGGGACCUUCAUCAUACGUCCUUCCCGCCUCAACAACAUUUGGUUCCGUCGGGAAGGAGCCUUGUCCCCCUUGUGCCUCCACCAAGUCCUUUUUGAGAUGCAUAAUGCUGGUGAGUUGUUGCGGGAUUCUGAUCUUACGGACCCAACAAGGACAUCAACGAGUCCAAGCGGCAGGCUUUCCCUCAUUGUAGACCUGAAUAGUUUUGACUGUGAAGAAAGAGCUCUUCAAGCUGUCCAACUUCUUUCUGACCACUGGACAUCUGCUUGUGUCAUCACGCUGACCAAGUUCCAGGAAACUUGUGGAGGACCGAAGGAAGCAUCUGCUGUCUUGAGUUACUUGUCAGGUUGUGGGAAAGCUAAAUACCUUGUGGUCAGGAAGAAGGAUGUUAUGGAGGGAGUGAAAGUCUCUCUUUCUUCAGGAGAAGUUUCUGAGGUCACUAGUCUGGAUUAUCAUGUUUUGCACUUAAUGUGGACAGUUGACAAGCUUGAGCAACAGCUUGAAGUGAUUGACCAACGCUGUCGAAAGUCUAAAAGUUCAGCCGUGGGUUGUCUAAAAUCUGGGAAUAGGAGAAUUGCCCUGAGGCAUGCAAGGGAACUGAAGUUGGCAUUUCAAAGUAGAGAGAAAUGUACACUACUUCUGAACCGUGUGCGAGAAGUCCUUAGAGUAAUUGCAGAUGCUGAGUCCUCCAGAAAGGUGUCUGAAGCAAUGAAAGUUGGUGCAGAAGCAAUAGAAAAUAAGAUUAGCAUUGAAGAAGUUGACUUAUGUCUAGAGGAUCUGGAUACAAGCAUUCGUUCAAUAAAUCAAGUGGAUGAAACUUCUAGGUAA